AUGGAACCAGGGAGCUCGUGUGAAAGUCCAUCCGGCUCUGGGGGUCCCGAACCGGCGGACCUACGCGAAGAGACCCCCGGCGAAGAGGCUGAGGAUGGGGACAACAGCAUCCUGAGAGGAGGAAAGGCAGGUGGAGGGAACGAAAACACUCUGGACAACAUGAAAACAGAAUGUGAGGAUGAUGGUGUUACUGGGAAAAAGAUUGAGGCUGCUGCUGAUGAAGAAGGCAAAUAUGAAGAGGAAUUGGACCCUAGAAUUCAGGCAAGUUUAUGUUUAAAUGUUUAUUGAAAGUGUCUGCAGUCUGUACAGUAUCUGACUUCUUGUUUUUAUUGCAAACCGACGCGUCAUACUGCUUACAUGUAUUGUAGGCUGCUUGACAACUGCAUCCUUAUUCCACUGUCAAUAUAGCUAAAUUAGCUAUAAAUAACCAUAGGCAAACUACAUGUCAGUAUGGCAGACGCUUGCAUCAUUUACCCUGGUUAUGCAACUUAAAGGCCACAUCUCUCAUUGCAAAUGGCUUCCACAAUUUCACAGGGAUUCCGUUCAUACUUAUUGUGAUGAAGGCCAGCGCCAAUACUAAAUCUAUCUCUCUCUCUCUCAGGACGAGCUAGAGCACCUGAAUCAGGCCAGUGAUGAGAUCAACAAGCUGGAACUGCAACUGGAUGUGAGUGAGCUCUUUGUCACCUAGCCUCCUCACCCAGAGAAUCAAAUCUUAACAUGUGUCCGGAGAGAAUAGGCCUAUUUGUCACAGAACAGACUGUUUGCAUCAGCCACACGACCCAACACAGUGUCUCUAGGACUGACAGGCCUAUACACUUGAGUAUAUAAAACGUUAAGAACACCUGCUCUUUCCAUGACAUAGACAGACCAGGUGAAUCCAGGUGAAAGCUAUGAUCCCUUAUUGAUGUCAUUUGUUAAAUCCACUUCAAUCAGUGUAGAUGAAGGGAAGGAGACCGGUUAAAUAAGGAUGUUUAAGCCUUGAGACAAUUGAGACAUGGAUUGUGUAUGUGUGCCAUUCAGAGGGUGAAUGGGCAAGACAAAAUAUUUAAGUGCCUUUUGAACAGGGGUAUGGUAGUAGGUGCCAGGCGCCACCACUCAAAGGACAUCCAGCCAACUUGAUACAACUGUGGGAAGCAUAGGAGUCAACAUGGGCCAGCAUCCCUGUGGAACGCUUUCGACACCUUAUAGAGUCCAUGCCCCGAUUGGGUUAGGGUUAGGGGGGGGGCAACUCAAUAUUAGGAAUGUUAGGAAGGUAUUCCUAAUGUUUGGUAUACUCAGUGUAUGCUAGCUCUAUACUUUAUAAGCUGUCUUUCUUGGGUAUUGACAUAGAUAGUGUCAUGUGUCAUGUAACUCAGGUCUCACUUAGCCACAAGGUCCUCCUCAACACACUGUUAAUUCACUGCACACAGUAAUGUAAAAGUUUACAUUUUCAUACGUUGUUAUUGAGCAGAGGUCAGAGAGGCUGUGUGUGGGAGAUGACUUACUUCCCUUGCCUCAAGGUCUAUUGAGGAUGUUAUUGGAGUGAUAUAAUUCUAUGGUAGCCUAUCAAUUACAGUACUGGUGAAUGUGUCUCUCUCUCCUUCAGGAUGCUAGGUCCAGCUACAGGAGAAUCCUCACUGACUCAGCCAGGAAGCUCAAUGCUCAAGGCUCCCAGCUAGGCACCUGCAUCGAGAAGGCCAGGCCCUACUACGAAGCCCGCAGGCUAGCCAAAGAGGUUGGUGUUUGUGUGGGGUUGUGUGUCGGACUGGGUGUGUGUUUGAGUGUGGGUGCUCAUCGAAAUGUUUUUAAUAUUAUCUCUGGUGUGACAAAAUAGCCAUUUAGUCAGCCGGCCUCUGUCAACCUACAGUGCCUUUGGAAAAUAUUCAGACCCCUUCCCUUUUUCCACAUUUUGUUACUUUACAGCCUUAUUCUAAAAUGGAUUAAAAUGACAAUGUGAAAACAACAUGUUUUUAGAAAUGUAUUGAAAAUAAAAUACAGAAAUAAUUCAUUUACUUAAGUAUUCACACAAGCUCUGUCAAAUUGGUUGUUGAUCAUUGCUAGACAACCAGUUUCAGGUCUUGCCAUAGAUUUUCAAGUAGAUUUAAGUCAAAACUGUAACUCAGCCACUCUUCUUGGUAAGCAACUCCAGUGUAGAUUUGGCCUUGUGUUUUAGGUUAUUGUCCUGCUGGAAGGUGAAUUAAUCUCCCAGUGUCUGGUGGAAAGCAGACUGAACCAGGUUUUCCUCUAGGAUUUUGCCUGUGCUCCAUUCCGUUGAUUUUUAUAUCCUGAAAAACUCCCCAGUCCUUAACGAUUACAAGCAUACUCAUAACAUGAUGCAGCCAUCACUAUGCUUGAAAAUAUGGAGCGUGGUACUCAGUAAUGUGUUGCAUUGGAUUUACCCCAAACAUAACACUUUGUAUUCAGGACAAAAAUGACAUUUUUUGCAUUAUUACUUUAGUAUCUUGAUGCAUGUUUUGGCAUAUUCUGUACAUGCUUCUUUCUUUUCACUCUGUCAUUAAGGUUAGUAUUGUGGAGGAACUACAAUGUUGUUGAUCCAUCCUCAGUUUUCUCAUAUCACAGCCAUUUAACUCUGUAACUGUUUUAAAGUCACCGUUGGCCUCAUGGUGAAAUCCUUAAGCGGUUUCCUUCCUCUCUGGCAACUGAGUUAGAAAGGAAACCUCUAUCUUUGUCGUGAUUGGAUGUAUUGAUACACCAUCCAAAGUGUAAUUAAUAACUUCACCAUGCUCAAAGGGAUAUUCAAUGUCUGCUUUUUUUUUUUUUUUACCAUCUACCAAUAGGUGCCCUUCAUUGCGAGGCAUUGGAAAACCUCCCUGGUCUUUGUGGUUGAAUCUGUGUUUGAAGCUGGUGUAACUGAGUCAGGUUUGUAGGCCUCCUUGCUCGCACACGCUUUUUCAGUUCUGCCCACAAAUGUUCUAUAGGAUUGAGGUCAGGGCUCUGUGAUGGCCACUCCAAUACCUUGACUUUGUUGUCCUUAAGCCAUUUUGCCACAACUUUGGAAGUAUGCUUGGGGUCAUUGUCCAUUUGGAAGACCCAUUUGCGACCAAGCUUUAACUUCCUGACUGAUAUCUUGAGAUGUUGCUUCAAUAUAUCCACAUCAUUUUCCUUCCUCAUGAUGCUAUCUAUUUUGUGAAGUGCACCAGUCCCUCCUGCAGCAAAGCACCCCCACAGCAUGAUGCUGCCACAGCAUGAUGCUUCACGGUUGGGAUGGUGUUCUUCGGCUUGCAAGUCCCCCCUUUUUCCUUCCAAACAUAACAAUGCUCAUUAUGGACAAACAGUUAUAUUUUUGUUUCAUUAGACCAGAGGACAUUUCUCCAAAAUGUACGAUCUUUGUCCCCAUGUGCAGUUGCAAACUGUAGUCUGGCUUUUUUAUGGCGGUUUUGGAGCAGUGGCUUCUUCCUUGCUGAGCGGCCUUUCAGAUUAUGUUGAUAUAGGACUUGUUUUACUGUGGAUAUAGAUACUUUUGUACCUGUUUCCUCCAGCAUAUCCACAAGGUCCUUUGCUGUUGUUCUGGGAUUGAUUUGCACUUUUCGCACCAAAGUACGUUCAUCUCUAGGAGAUAGAACGCGUCUCCUUUCUAAGCGGUAUGACGGCUGCGUGGUCCCAUGGUGUUUAUAAUUGCGUACUAUUGUUUGUACAGAUGAACGUGGUACCUUCAGGCGUUUGGAAAUUGCUCCUAAGGAUGAACCAGACUUGUGGAGGUCUACCAUUUUUUUCUGAGGUCUUGGUUGAUUUCUUUUGAUUUUCCCAUGAUGUCAAGCAAAGAGGCACUGAGUUUGAAGGUAGGCCUUGAAAUGCAUCCACAUGUACACCUCCAAUUGACUCAAAUGAUGUCAAUUAGCCUAUCAGAAGCUUCUAAAGCCAUGACAUCAUUUUCUGGAAUUUUCCAAGCUGUUUAAAGGCACAGUCAAUUUAGUGUAUGUAAACUUCUGACCCACUGGAAUUGUGAUACAGUGAAUUAUAAGUGAAAUAAUUUGUCUGUAAACAAUUGUUGGAAAAAUUACUUGUGUCAUGCACAAAGUAGAUGUCCUAACCGACUUGCCAAAACUAUAGAUUGUUAACAAUAAAUUUGUGGAGUGGUUGAAAAACGAGUUUUAAUGACUCCAACCUAAGUGUAUGUAAACUUCCGACUUCAACUGUAGGUGUUACCUACGUCGAUGUCUAUUCAGGAGACAAGACAACCAAGCACCUUUUUGUGAUUUAUUAUUCUGUCCACAAAUGUUGCUUGGUUCGCCUGCCACACGUCUGACUGCUAUUGAGCGAGACAGACAGUCAAGGGAAUCGUGUCACAAAAAUUAUAACUGGUGCUCAAAAGUGAAGCCGUCAUCAAUCUUCGCCUGACGACCCUAAACUUUGGGCGACCUUGUGCGUCUAUCCGGCCCCGCCCCCUCCCGCUGCCGCCGCCUCUCUCAGCUCUAUCCUCCCCUGUGAUUCUGAGUCACCUUGGCUUGCGUCCGAAAUGACACACUAUUCCCUUUUUAUAGUGCACUACUUUUGACCAGGGCCCUAUAGGGAAUAGGGUUGCCAUUUGGGACGCAGCCCUUGUCUCAAAGUGCUUCUCCCCUUCUCCCUAAACCAACAUCGACAAAUCUUCCCCCUUCUCUGGCUUUUGACAUAAUUCACCAACUGGCGUGAAUACGAUCAGGACCAGCUAUUUUUCUGUUUCACUUCUCUGUGCUUUGUAGCCGUUGCUGUUGUCUUCUUGUUUAUACUUGGUGAUGGGGAGUCUUCCUGUUUUCCUCAUUGGCACCACCACCAUCAUUCUCCUGAUUUUUAGAGGCUAAUCAUAACUUCCAUUUAAAUCAGAUUUUCACUUAGUCAUGGACUGACGUCAGUAAGUAAGGAUUCACCCCUUAGUAAUUUGUUCGUCGUAUGAUUGGUUGUAGGGAUUAGUUAUUGAACUAUGAUUGGUUGUGGUGUCUCUCUUACUAAACUACGAUUAAUUGUAGUGUCCUUUACUGAACUAUGAUUGGUUGUAGUGUCCUUUUACUGAACUAUGAUUGGUUGUAGUGUCCUUUUACUGAACUAUGAUUGGUUGUAGGCCCAGCAGGAGACGCAGAAGGCAGCGUUGCGGUACGAGAGAGCCGUCUCCAUGCAUACGGCUGCCAGAGAGAUGGUGUACGUGGCAGAGCAGGGCCUCCUGGCGGACAGGAACACUCUGGACCCCACCUGGCAGGAGAUGCUCAACCACGCCACCUCCAAGGUACACAGAGAGAGAGGAGGAGGGGGAGGAGGGGGAGGGGGAGGAGGGGGUUGGGGGUCCUCCAAAGCACAGGGAGAGAACAGGUCGUAGCUAUGGUAGACCAGGGCCAGACCAGGGCCCGUAUUCCUAAAGCAUCUCAGAGUAGGAGUGACAGGCCCUGGGAUAUUCAACUCUGGUUCUGGUGGGCUGAAACACUUCUGGUUUCAUUUUCUCCUUCUAUCAGGGCUGAUUCAGACGUGGUACGGCAGGUGAGUGGUUAACUACCAGGUAGAAAAGAGAACCAUUAGUACUUCAACCCAAAGUCCAGGAGUUGAUUAUCUUUGUACUAGACAGUGAAUACUUGUGGCUAAUAGCUCUGAGCGGUUAGUGUUUUUUGAGGUCCUUUCGGUUCAAUUUUUGAAAAAUUAAAUAUCACGGUUUCGAUUUAAAAAAACCCCGAAAACAAAUGCAUUAUGAAAAAUGGACAUUAAAAUGAUAUUAAUGGAAAUUCCAAAGCCAAAAAGAGUGAACGUUCAAUUGCCAAAACAUUGAAAAUAUUCCCUUGUCUCUGUCAGGUCCACAUUGGGUAGACAUUAUUAUUAUUAUUAUUAAAGUCAUACUCUCGUCUCUGCUCAGGCAGCAGCCAGACAGACAGACAGACAAUGUUAUCUCUGUGCUCCCAAUACUGUACUGUCUUUAAUCAUUCUAUUUAGCUAGCCAAAGUAGAUAAGGCAUACUUCCACCUACUGUCUCUAUCCCUCUCUCUCUCAUCGUUGUGUUGUGUACAUUCCCCUCUCAUACAGUCUAUGCAGUCUGUGUGUAUCUAACCUAACGUAGCAGGUGUAAAAGUGUAUCCUUCUCUGUCUGAGCCGGGAAACAACAGACGCAAUGGAUUAUGGUCAUGUAGUUAAUUAUCACGUUUCUUUGCUGAACUAGGUUGAAUAUUUGACUAGUGAAAACUACAACUCCCUUCAGCUCAGCGUCCCACAUAGUUCUUGACUUGAUUUCUCUGUGAAUUAUUGGAUUUCUCUCUAGAGAAACAGAGCGUUGGGCUCUGGAGUUGAUUAUCUCUGCACUAGACAAUGACCCAGUCCUGGAGUUGAUUAUCUCUGUACUAGACAAUCACUAGCCCCCUACUAGUGGCUAAAGCUAUAUCUGUGGUAGACAGUGAAUGCUAGUGGAGGGGUCCUGUGAGAACUAUCAAUCUCUUCAUCCACGAGAUUGUACUUGAAUCGGGUCCAAUGUGAAUUGUUAAGCCUCCUCACCAGUCUGGAGUGGAGGGUCUAAGGGUGUCAGGUGACCACAGCAGCUGUUUAGUAUGUAGCCUGAGACGGCCAGCGUGGCGUAGGGGGACGGGCACUCUCUGUGCUUAAUCAAUGAUCAUUAACGUGGACCAGUAAUCUUAUAAAGAUCAAGGUUGGACGUCCUCAUUCUCAUUGGAAUGGCGUUCCCGCAUUUCUAUUCUGCUAUGGAAGUGACUCAAGUGAGCCACAGUGCACUUUAACGUGUGUGUGUGUGUGUAUAUAUAUGAGAUUGAAGAGAGGGACAAGUCAAAGAUCUCACUCAGGUAUCAUCAUCCCCACGCGUCAACCUAACGGUUGAUAGUGUUGCUGAUGGCUUAAUAAUGCUUUGUUCCUCUCAGAGGGUUGGUGUGAGUGACGUGAGGUGAAAUAAGGUAUCCUACUCUUGGUUGAUUUUUCUCCUUAUUUAAAAAGUGCCAGUGUGUUGAUGCUGGUGAUUUGAUGGGGAAAGAGGCACCAACAGAGGGAGGCUGGCUCAGGGUGGGUUGAUGUCCGAGGGCAUGACCCCGACGGCUGCUGGAGGUGUGUGUGUGUGUGUGUGUGUUCCCCAGGUGAACGAGGCAGAGGAGGAGCGGCUGUGGGGUGAGCGGGAGCACCAGCGGGUCACUCAGAUGUGCCAGGAGGCAGAGCAACGCGUUCAGACCCUCCAGAAAUCCCUGAAGAGGUUCAUCGUCAAGUCCAAACCUUACUUUGAGCUGAAGGCUCAGUUCAACCGCCUACUAGAGGUGAGUAGCCAUGUCCCAGACAGAAUGGCCCAUGGGGCAGGACCCUCUCUCUAAAUGAGUUCAUGGUUGUGCUCACUGUAGGAUAGUCUGAAACAGUUAAAAUGUACUGUCUGCCAGUGUCAUGUUUCAGCAACGUGUCCACAUUAAGCUGCGGUGUCCCUCGUGGUUUGGUGCUACGACCAGUCUCUUUCUGAUCUACCAUGUUUUAAGCAACACAUGACCUGCUAGUUUUGACAAGCGUGAGACGCCCCAAUUAAUUUCAAGGAAACCAGGGCAUAAGCAGCGCUGCUCAGAUUAUUAUAUAUAUUUUUUUUCAAGAUUUUGACGAGCGGCUCACCCGAGAACAAUUGUUCAAUCAAAUCUAAAAACACAGUAAACAUUUCGGGGGUACAAAUCCUGUUACUUCAACUUUAUUUCCUGACAGGAGCACAAGGGGAAGGUGGUGCAGCUGGAAGAACGCGUUGCAAGGGAAAAGAUGCGCUACUCCGUCGCCCUGCGCAACCUGGAGCAAAUCAGCGAGCAGAUCCACACCCAGCGGGGGCGUGUCCGAGCCACCAGGGCCCGCCCCGUAGCCUGCGGUGGGCGGAGCUCCCCAGUGGGGGCGGAGGCUGAGGUCAAAGCUGCGGUCAGGGUUCAGGUUGGAGGAGCCUGUGGGGGGAGGAGGAGGAGGAGGAGGAGGAGGAGGAGGAGGAGGAGGAGGGUUGGAGGAGAACGACUGGGCUGAUGGAGAGCAGACCAGGCAGUGGGUGGAGAGACACAGGGAGCAGGGCUGGGGUCACAGGGAGAGGGGUGAGGCAGGGUCAGACUCCAUGUCUGUCAUCAGCCUCCAGACCUUCGCCUCGGACCUGGAGAAGUGUGACUCGGUGGAGCACCUGGGGGACCUGAGUGAUGUGAGCAGCCUGAUGGGAGAGGACUGGGAGAGGGAGAGGGACCGGUCACUGAUAGCUGAGAACAGAGACCGAGACAGGAACCCCAGGGCAGAGGAGAGAGUUGUUGGGGAGGUCAGGGAGGUGGUCAUCCCCACUCCAAGGCAGGAUAGAUUGGAGGAGGUGAGGGGGGCGAUCGGGAGAGAGAGACAGGAGAGCUUUGUCAAGCAGCACCACAGAAGUGUGAGUUUGUGA